GGACCAAACUUCUAUCUAAUUCCCACGUACGUCCUUCCUUCCCUUCUUGACCAAAUUCCCUAUAUAUAUAUUAAUGUCAAACGUCUAGACAGACUACCUUUCAAAAAAAAAAAAAAAAAAAUUUCUAGACGGAGAGAAAGAUAGGACUUUAAAGUUCCAUCGACAAACUAAUAAUCAAACAACCUCAGCCACCAGAGCCACAAAUUCAAAAUUCAUCUUUCCUUUGAGACCAUGUCCAGAAUUCAUCCGGCGGAGAAUACACAGCAAGACUACUUGUCCAUAGAGAAUGGUGAUCAUAUUAACCGGCCAAGUCCAUCCGUGCUCACCGUGUGGAAGAGAUCGAGCAUGACUUUCCAAGGCACCGAUGGAUUCACAGUUUUUGAUAGUCAUGGAACACUGGCUUUUCGGGUUGAUAACUACACCAGGAAGAGCCCUUGUAGCACCGGCGGACUCGUCCUCAUGGACGGAACUGGCAAGGCUUUGCUAUCACUCAAACCCCAGAUAUUGAGCAUGCAACUUCAAUGGAAUGCGUAUAGAGGAGGAGAAGAUGAAUGUGGUAAAAGUAGUCGAUUAUUCGCGAUGAGAAGACCAAUCUCUCUGAUCAACAAUAGUAGCAAAUAUGAAGCAGAAAUCUUCAUCGGAGGUCCGACAAAGGGAAGCCAACCCACACCAGAUUUCAGGAUAGAGGGCUCGUUUGCGAGGCGAAAUUGCAAGAUCAUCAAGACAAGUACAAGUAGUCCCAGUGGCCAAGUACUGGUGGCAAAGAUAUCGAGGAAGAAGGUAAACAAGACUGUAAUGUUGAACGACGACGUUUUCAGCCUGCAAGUACAGCCCGGAUUCGAUCUUCAGCUUAUUAUGGCCUUUGUAGUCGUCUUGGAUCGAAUCUGUCGCAAGCCUUUUGCACCUGUUUUGUGCUCUUGAAACACUACUGUCAAUUCUAUCUUGUACACAAAUCUUUUCCAAUUUUCCUAAUAAGGCUCUCAAUUUCUUUGUAUCUAAAUAAUAUUUACGCUUUUUUGUGAAAAAUUAAAAUUAAGCUCA